AACAUGUAUAUGACGGCUCUAUGGAUCGCUUUUAUUUUUGCUCAGUCGAGCAGAUUGCUCGUCGAGGGCAUCAGAUCGCACUAUGUCGAUUCAACGCAAAUCGCGGAGAUCAACGAAAUGGGCGAUAACCCUGCGGAUAAUAGAGAACCGACGUGCAAAGAAUUACGCACGAUGUGGAGGUAUACCAAACGCCAAAGUAGAGCCAUCCAAAUUAUGCAUAAACUUCCAUUCGCACAAGACUUCUUCGCGUAUAAUCCGUGGAAGAAUUAUCAGCCUCCUCCUCAACCCCCUCUUGACUAUCGAGAUUAUACCGAUCGACCUCGUACUCGUGCUGCUGGUAGUUCACCACCUAUUUAUGGAAGAAUAGUUCAUAAAGCACCGCCAGGAAGUAGACUGCGAAGCAGCCAACAAAUGCCACACCAACCUAAGGCCUUUGAAGAUGUUGCAUAUUUGUAUGGGACAAUAAAUUUUCAUCCACCCUCUUCCCGACGUCGACAAUCGAGUUUUCGUAUUGGUGGUGGUGCCUCCCCGCCUAUAUCUCAAGUUCCGCAAGCUGGUAAAUUUCAACAUUUACGAGACCUAAUUCGUGGGGAGAGGGCUCGUGAAUUGAAGAAACAACAUGAAUCUGAUAGAAUCGCAGCUGCGAAAGCAGCGACAAUCAAGGAUUAUUCUAACGUCGAUCAAGAUGAUUAUCAAAAUGUACCACGGCCGCGGAAAUACUUUGGAAACUCAUUAGAUGGAUAUCAGCAAUUUAGAAAUCCAAAGGCUGAUAUCAACCGGGCUUGGUCGCGUGGCGAUCAUUAUUUGCCAGAAUAUAUGCUGCGUUAAUGAAGCAUUUUCAAGAUCAAGGAAAUAGCCGACGAAAAAACUGCCGUACGUUUCAAUAUCAUCACUCGUACUAUUCUUGGCAGUAUUAUAGCCCAAUUGUUUGAUUUUGUCAAAGUUGGAUGAAUUCCAAGAUCUUAAAAAAUAUUUUCGAAAUCACGAAGAAAGUGUAUAUGUAUAUGUGUAUGUGUGUAUGUGUAUGUAUGCUUGCUUGCAUGUAUGUGUGUAUAUUAUAUAUAACACUCUCCAAAUAUUUCAGUUCCUAAUCUAUGCAUAUACACACGUAUAUAUGCACGCACGCACGCGCACACGUACACAUUCACACUUACACGUACACAAAUGCGUGCAGCACACAAACACAUACACAUACAUAUACACGAAUACGUUUGACGAAUUUAUUAAGAUAAAUAGCAAGAAACUUGAAAAAUUAAAUUUACCAUCUUUUACUUUUACAUGAAUUCAUCCUGAAUGUAUAUAUAUAUGUAUAUAUAUAUACAUAAUUCAUUAUUAUUAUACAUAUAAAUUCAUUCAGGAUGAUUUUAUGUAUAUUACAUAUUCCCUGACAAUAUACUUGUAUAUUUAAUUGAUUGUAAAACAUUCGAAUGAGCAAAGGAUUUACCUGCAUUCGAGAACGUACAUAUAUACAUACAUAUAUAUAUAUAUAUAUAUAUAUAUAUAUAUAUAUAUAUAUAUAUAUAUAUAUCAACACACCGUGUAAAUGGUAAAAACUAAUCAAAGUGUGAUAUCCUUAAAUAGGACAUCUAUUACACAAAUCUAUAACAGUAUGCCGAAUAUAUCAAGCUCUCAUUACCCGAUAGAAAUAUAAUAACUGUCUUUUCUUGCAUUGUCUAUUAAGAAGAUAUCAUAAUGUAUUCGCAAUUCUUACGUUUCUCAUCUUUCUAUUUAUUGAAAACAAUAAAUUAUCAUUCGAUUCUUAUUAAAAUGUUAAAAAAAAAAAAAACAAAAAAAACCAAAAAAAAAAAACAAAAAAAUAAUAAUAAUGACAAUACAAUCCAAUUUGCAAUAUUCUUUAUACUAUUCUCGUGUAAUUCAUUUUAAGCAAAAAAAAGAAAC